CAGAAGUAAAGGUUAAAAACUGCUGUUAACGUACAGAAUUCAGCUAUGAAAAUUACUACGGCUGUUAAAUCUUUGCUGAUCAUUGGUGUGGUGAAGUUUUCUCAAUCUCAACCAGUUCCAUCUGAUCAACCUGAACAAGCAAAUGGAUUUUCUGUAAAUUAUUCCCGUCCAGCUAUAGUUCUUCCUACGUUGCAAGCAUCUGUAUCCAGCAACUCAUUUGCACCUAACACUACGCAACAAGUGCAAAAUUACGGAUUGUCAGUUGGAGGUACACCAAUAUUGGGUAGUCGAUCAGCUCAAUUGAAAUUGGGUUCUUUAUUAACUGGAAAUCAACCUGUAAAACCAGAUCAACAGAGUGUCUCUUACGAAACAAAACAAGAAGUGCCUCAAGAACAAACUCAUGUAGUGAACAAUCAGGUUAUAAAGCAAAAUUCACCGAUUAAUAAUUAUGAAGAAAAAGUCUCUGUUGGACAAGCACAAUUUGCAGAACCCCAAAGUAAUCAGGUAGCAAAUGUAAAUAAGGUGGUAGAAAACGUUCUACCUGUUAAUUAUGAAAAAAAAAUUUCCGUUGGACAAACACAAUAUCAUGAACCACAAAAUAACCAGUUGGUAACAAAUGUAAAAAAGGUCGUAGAAAACAUUUCCCCUGUUAAACAUUUAGAAAAAAUCUCCGUUGGACAAGCACAAUUUGCAGAACCUCAAAUUAAUCAGCAGGUAACAAAUGUAAAAAAGGUGGUAGAAAACAUUUCACCUGUUAAACAUGUAGAAAAAGUGUCCGUUGGACAAGCACAAGCACAAUAUCGUGAACCACAGAAUAACCAUUUGGUGACAAAUGUAAAAGAAAUCGUAGAAAAAAUUUCACCUGUUUCUACUAGUCAUCAUCAACAAGCUUCAACACACGCCCAACUACAUCAACAUAAGCAACCGCAAGUUAAAUCACCCCAACAACCAAAAUUAUCAGCUCAACCUCAGCAGCCACAGCAGCCACACCCCGUGCAAGAAGUACACGUUCAAGUAGCAGCUCCAUCAUCUCAAAAACCUGAAAGAUCAUUAUUAACAAAAUUAGUCGGGCCACCGUCGAUAGGAGUUAGAGCUGGAAUUAAUUUGAACUUUUCUUGAUAGUUUAAAACAUAAUAUUUAAAAAUAUUUUUAAGUUUAUUGGAUAAUUAU